AAGGUGCGGUGGCUCGUCGCGGACUGAAGUUCACGUGAAGUUUAAUGAUUUGUAUUUUGUAUCUGUGUUACUUCUCGCAAGUCUCGCUCACAUUUCGCCUCCUUCCAUUUGUUUCCAGCAUAUUCGUUUGACACAACAAUUCAAUACCUAACAAGAUUUGAAAUUAGUGUACAUUUCCAGGCAGUUUAUUUUCGAUUUCUUGGUGUUAUAUUUACCAUGUGUGACCCUAUAGUGGAAGUUGAACAAGGUAAAUUAAAAGGGAGCGUUCGUAAGACAAAAGAUGAUGUGCAGUAUUAUUCCUUCAAGAGCAUUCCGUACGCAAAACCACCAGUUGGAAACUUGCGAUUUUCGAUCCCGCAACCACCGGAACCGUGGGAAGGUGUCAAAAACGCGAUAAUCUCUUGCAAUAUCUGCGCGCAGUUCGACAGGGUAACUAACACAGUCGUCGGAGAUGAAGACUGUCUAUACCUAAAUGUUUAUACGCCAAAACUGCCGACUUCUGACUGCGCCACCCUACCAGUAAUGGUAUUCUUCCACGGAGGCGGCUUCGUCUUCGGAAAUGGCACCGACGAUGCCGUUCAUGGACCAGAUUUCCUCAUCGAAAAAGACGUAAUAAUAGUCAGCCUUAACUAUAGAGUCGGUAUUCUUGGGUUCCUAUCAUUAAACUGCAAAGACGCUCCUGGAAAUAUGGGUCUGAGAGAUCAAGUCCAAGCCCUAAAGUGGGUUCAAAAGAAUAUCGCAAAGUUCGGCGGAGACCGUAACAACGUCACAAUUUUCGGCAUCAGCGCAGGAGGCGCGUCCGUAGAAUACCUGGUUUUAUCGCGCAUGGCAAAAGGUUUGUUCCAUAAAGCCAUUGCGCAGUCAGGAUCUUCUCUCAACCACUGGGCUCAAAAUAGCAAUGUUAAAGAGUUAGCUGCACUGAUACCUGUCCUACAAGGCAAGAUUUUGUCUGGAACCGAGCCAUUACUACAGUACCUAAAAGAGUUGCCUUUAAAGAAUCUCAUAAUGUUUUCAAUGGCAGCUUUGGCAGCUAACGCUCAUAAAGGAGGUAUCCAUUUCGGAUUUGUGCCAUCAGUGGAGACUCCGAGUGACUGGGAACCGUUUUUAGAUAAGUCCCCGUACGAUUUGCUCGCAAACGGAGAGUUUACGAAAGUACCAUACUUGUCAGGUUUCUGCGAGCGUGAAGGAUUGUUGAUGUUAGGCUUUGGCUCAGUUAUCAUGGAAAAACUUGUCAAGGGAAAAGAAUUUACUCCGUUUCUUCCGUUUGAGAUUGACGAAACACAGAAACCGGAGUUGGAAAAGAAGCUUAAAGUAGCAUAUUUGGAAACCGAGACCAAGUUCAAGGAGCCGGAUGCGUUCGCUGUGGAUUUCUUCGGUGACGUUGAUUUUAUCGCCGGGGUACAUGUCGCUGCAAAUUUAAUAGCUAAAAACAAUUCUCCUGUAUAUUUCUAUGAGUUUGCGUAUGAUGGAGGGUUUAAUUAUAUGAAGAAGAAGAUAAACAUUGACCGCAAAGGCACCUGCCACGGCGAUGACGGCGGGUACAUUGUAAAGAGCGGAUUGCUCAGUGACGAAUUCUCUGGUACUGAUAAAUUGGUUCGAGACAGAGUUCGGGAGAUGUGGUCCAAUUUUGCUAAAUAUGGUGACCCUACUCCUAAAACGGAUGACCUGAUAACAACGAAGUGGGCGCCUCUCGCCGAGACUGGCUGCGGUUUCCUGCGCAUUGACGACAAGCUUACCAUGAAGGAGGACGUUUAUCCUAACAGAAUGAAACUUUAUAAAGAACUAUAUGAGAAUUACAAGCUGACUAAGUAAAUUAUAGAGCCAAAUUGCAUUAAAUAAAGUACAAUACCCUAUUAUUAUUAAAUUAUGAACGGUGCUGUUUUAGGUCAGUAUUAUUGAAAUUUUAAAUAGUUAAUGUCGUUUCUUAGUGAUUAUAAAUUGUUUUUGCCA